AUGCAAGAAUAUAUACAGGAUGCUCUGACUUUCGUGCGCGAAUAUGGACGACCAUGUUUAUUUAUCGCGUUCACAUGUAAUCCAAAAUGGCCAGAGAUUACAUCUUUGCUACUGCCUGGCCAAAAUGCAAUACAUCGCCAUGACAUUACAGCACGUGUGUUCAGACAAAAGUUGAAGUCUUUAAUAAGUUUCAUUACUAAAUCACAUGUAUUUGGUCCCACACGUUGCUGGAUGUAUUCGGUUGAGUGGCAAAAGCGAGGAUUACCUCAUGCACACAUUUUGGUUUGGUUCAUCGACAAAAUCCGUCCUGAAGAAAUCGAUAGUAUCAUUUCUGCGGAAAUUCCAGAUCUAUCCACUGACCAACUGCUGUUUGAUAUUGUUACAACAAACAUGAUUCAUGGUCCAUGUGGUACUCUUAAUAGUUCAUCGCCUUGCAUGGCUGAUGGGAAAUGUACUAAAAAUUUCCCUAAAGAUUUUACCAAUGAUACGGUCACAAAUGUCGACGGAUACCCAAUAUAUCGUCGAAGAAAUCCUGAAAAUGGCGGACAGUCAUUUAUUAAAAAUAUCAUCAACACAGACAUUGAUAUUGACAAUCGUUGGGUGGUGCCAUAUUCGCCUCUGCUGAGCAAGACAUAUAAUGCUCAUAUUAAUGUUGAGUUCUGCAGUUCUGUGAAGAGCAUCAAAUACAUUUGCAAGUAUGUCCAUAAAGGCAGUGAUAUGGCUGUGUUUAGAGUGGAAAAUACUAAUGUGAAUGCUCCUCCAGUGAAUAAAAACGAUGAAAUAACGCUCUACCAAAUUGGUCGGUACAUCAGCUCCAAUGAAGCUGCUUGGCGUAUCUUUGGUUUUCCAAUUCAUGAACGGGAUCCAGCAGUUGUUCAGUUAGCCAUCCAUCUUGAAAACGGUCAGCGUGUAUUUUUCACGAACGAGACAGCGAUUGAUCGUGCAAUAAAUCCACCUAAAACUACACUCACUGCAUUUUUUGAAUUGUGUAAUCGUGCGGAUGAUUUUGGUGCCUUUGCACGAACAUUACUCUAUUCACAAGUACCACGCUAUUUCACAUGGACUCAAACAAAAACAUGGAUGCCCCGCAAGCAAGGCUCACCAGUUGCUGCAUGUCUCAAUUUAUUUAAAUCAAACGCCUUGGGGCGAUUAUUUACAGUCAAUCCAAGACACACGGAGUGCUUUUAUCUUCGACUGUUGUUGGUUAAUGUUACUGGCCCAUUAUCAUUUCAAGAUAUACGUAAAGUGAAUGGGCAACAAUAUCCAACGUAUAAAGAUGCAUGCCUUGCACUCGGCUUGCUGGAAGUCGACAACCAGUGGGAAUGCAUGCUUGCUGAAGCUGCAUUGAACUGUACAGCAAUACAAAUUCGUCUACUAUUCGCUAUAGUGUUGACUACAUGUUUCCCAGCCCGAGCACAGAUAUUAUGGGAAAAUCACAAAGAUUCAAUGACUGAUGAUAUAUUGCAUCAACAUCGUAUACGGUUCCACGAUCUAACAAUAACAUUCAGCGACGAAAUGUACAAUGAAGCAUUGAUUGCUAUUGAGGAUCUUUGCAUUGUCAUUGCCAACUUACCACUUAGUAAUUUCGGUAUGAAUUCGCCAAAUCGAACUGCAUCUGAUUUAAUGAAUACUGAAAUGAAUCGUGAACUGCAGUACAGUACUGUAGAAAUGGCAGCGAUUGUUGCCCGCAAUGUCCCACUAAUGAAUGAGGAACAAAGAACCAUUUAUGAUCGCAUUAUGCUCGCAGUUUCAGCUGGACAAGGUGGGUUCUUCUUUUUGGAUGCACCGGGUGGAACUGGCAAAACAUUCGUUAUUUCGCUAAUUCUUGCUGAAAUACGAUCAAAUAAUGGCAUCGCAUUGGCCGUUGCAUCAUCGGGCAUUGCAGCAACUUUAUUGGAUGGAGGUAGAACAGCUCAUUCAGUAUUUAAGCUGCCACUAAAUAUUCAGAAUAACCCUGACGCAGUAUGCAACAUUAAGAAACAAUCGUCCAUGGCCACUGUGCUGAAACGGUGUAAAAUUAUUAUUUGGGAUGAAUGUACUAUGGCACACAAACAUUCACUUGAGGCGUUGAACAGGACAUUGAAAGAUAUUAAAAACAGUGACAAACUAUUUGGCGGAACUCUGUUGGUCCUUUCAGGUGAUUUCAGACAAACACUUCCAGUCAUUCCACGUUCAACAUACGCUGAUGAGAUCAACGCUUGCUUAAAAUCAUCUCCAUUGUGGCAUGUGCCAAUUCAAUUCAAACGUAUUCAGUUUCCGAUUAGAUUGGCAGUUGCAAUGACUAUCAACAAAUCCCAAGGUCAAACGAUGUCUGUUUGUGGAUUAGAUUUGAGAACACCAUGUUUUUCACACGGACAAUUAUACGUGGCAUGCUCUCGAGUGGGUAAACCAUCCAGUUUGUUUGUGUUAGCUAAAGAUGGACUAACAAAAAAUAUUGUUCACGCUAUAGCAUUAAGAGAUUGA